AUGCUGUACCGCUUUGGAGAGGAACAUAACCUUCGCUUUGCCCUCCCACUGGGCUACCAGCUGAGGUACCCACUACCUUUCAAUGCUCACAGAGUCAAAGGUUAUCGAGGUCCCCGAGCCACGGAGUUUCACAUCAUGGGCAAUCACAUGAGGUUUAAUAAGCCAGAGGUGGAGAAAGUGAUGCCUGCAGACACAUUCUACUUUUCUAUCAUCAGGGAUCCUGUCGCGCUGGCCGAGUGCUCUUUUGCUUAUUACAAAGAAGUAGCUCCUGCCUUUCGGAAGGCAAAGGGGCUGGGAGACUUUGUCGACGACCCAAAUAAAUACUAUGACCCUCGUCUUUGCAACAACCACUAUGCCCGCAACCUGCUUUGGUUUGAUUUUGGCAUGGACAAUAAUGCUAAUUUCUCAGUGGAAUUAGCUCAGCAUGGUGAGGCCAUGAUCCGCCAGACAUUCAGACUGAUUCUUGUGUCCGAGUACUUUGAUGAGUCUAUGAUCCUGCUGAGACAUGCCCUCUGCUGGCCACUGGAUGCUGUAGUCUCAUUUAGCCUUAACGCUCGGCAGCAAAAGUCCGGCAGCAACAGCGUAAUGAGCGGAAGCUGGGUCGGCAAAGCUGCCGUAGCGGCUGGCGUCGGUGCUAGAGCUGGACGCUCACAAGGCAAGAUGUUGCCCAAUCUGUCGCUAACGGAUCGUCAGCGGGAGAAGCUACGCCAGUGGAACGCCUUAGAUUGGUACCUAUACAAAACCUUCAACCGCACGUUCUGGGAGGAUAUCGACAAGUUUGGUCGUGCCCAGAUGGAGCAAGAAGUAGCUCUUCUCAGAAUGCGGCGGGAAAUCCUGGGCCGGGUUUGUCUGAAGGAUGGUGGAAAGCCCGUAGAAGCGUACCGGAUACGCGACAAAAAUAUCCGACCCUUUCAGAGCGGAGUAGUAAAGAUUCUUGGAUACGAGCUCCAGCCGGGUCUCGACAAUGCUACCAGGACGGCCUGAUUGAGGAUGAUUAGGCCCGAGAUCCAAUACAAAGAUUUGCUGGAUAGUAAACAGUUCCCACGGGCUGUCCAACCCCAACUGGGACAGCAGGGACAGGGACUGCUAGCAGCUGGUGGUGCUUUUGUAAGACAUGAUUCAUCUAGGACAGGAGAGAAAAUGAUGAUGGGAGAAGCUGAGAUGGAAAGAGAAAGAGACUGGGAUGGAAGCCGUAUAAUGAAGAGCAACCAGACUUUAAAAGGAGUGCGAGAAAAAGAAAGACUGAGAUAGUUUAAGGUGAGUUACAUGUUACCUUUGAUUUGCGAGGGGAAACGGACCAGAGACGCCUGAGCCAAAUUUAGUUUACAUGUGAGAAAGAAAAAAGCUUCUCUGCAGCACUUCCAGUUUUCUUUCUUUUCCUGAACACACUCUCUGGUUUGGUAUGUCUUCAUCUUUGGCAAUUACUCUGAGUUUAUUAUUGGAACUGCAUUUUCUUAUUGAGCCUGUGUUAAUGCUUAAAUUAAAUAAAAGGUACAAGCUGUCCCAAGGUUAC